GCCGGCCGCAGCCGCGCUCGUCAAUGUCAUUUAAUUUUUGUCUUUGUCUAUCCUAUUGUCAAAUUCUAGAAAUUUGCAGUUGCACGCAUUGCUUAGGUGUUAUAGUUGAAUGGCCGUUGAAUAUUGUUUUCUAAUAUCACUCAAAUAAUUAACAGAUUCUCAAAAUGGCUAAUCAAUGGGGACAAAAAGCUGAAGAGUUGGAGGUUUCAAAUAAAAUAGCUGGACUCGGUUUGAAUAAAAAACCUCUCAAUCAGUCUGCAGACUCUGAUGAAUCCCCUGAUGCAGCUAACCCAGCCGACACUUCGCUUUUGAUGAAAAUUAUAAGACAAGGCUUAGUUGAGUCCAAGUUGGACAUAGAAGUUCAGAGAAAAGAUCCAAACUCUCCUCUUUAUUCCGUAAAGACAUUUGAAGCAUUACACUUGAAACCCAAUCUUUUAAAAGGUGUCUAUGCUAUGGGUUUCAAUGCUCCUUCUAAAAUUCAAGAGACUGCCUUACCAACCCUGUUAGCUGACCCUCCACAAAAUAUGAUUGCUCAGUCUCAGUCAGGUACUGGUAAGACUGCAGCUUUUGUGUUAGCUAUGUUAAGCAGAGUUGAUUCCAGUAAAAAUUAUCCUCAAGUUCUUUGUUUGAGUCCUACCUAUGAGUUAGCAAUUCAAACUGGAGAAGUUGCUGCCAAAAUGGCAAAAUUCUGUCCAGAGAUCAAAUUGAAGUAUGCUGUGAGAGGUGAAGAGGUACCUAGAGGAACUAAGAUCACUGAUCACAUUAUAAUUGGAACACCAGGGAAAAUGCUUGAUUGGGGUGUCAAAUUUGGCAUGUUUGAUAUGACUAAAAUUAGAGUAUUUGUACUGGAUGAAGCUGAUGUGAUGAUUGAUAGACAAGGCCAUCAAGACCAAUGUAUUCGGAUUCACAAAUGCUUACCUUCAACAUGUCAAAUGAUGUUUUUCUCUGCUACUUAUGAUGCUGCUGUUAUGGAAUUUGCAGAAAUUAUUGUUCCCAAUCCCAUCAUUAUCAGACUUUUGCGUGAAGAAGAGUCUCUGGAUAAUAUAAAGCAAUAUUAUGUUAAAUGCAAGAACCCAGAAGAGAAGUACAGAGCCAUUUGUAACAUUUAUGGUGUAAUAACAAUUGGUCAAGCAAUUAUAUUUUGUCAUACAAGAAAAACUGCUAGCUGGCUGUCUGAGAAAAUGUCGAAAGAUGGACACUCUGUAGCUGUAUUAUCUGGUGAAUUGACAGUUGAACAAAGGAUAGCAGUACUUGAUCGUUUCAGAGCUGGUUUAGAAAAGGUACUGAUAACUACAAAUGUGCUGUCCCGAGGAAUAGAUGUUGAACAAGUGACUUUGGUUGUUAACUUUGACAUGCCUAUGGAUAUGGAAAAGAAAGCUGAUUGUGAAACUUACUUGCACAGAAUUGGGCGCACUGGUCGUUUUGGUAAAGCUGGUAUUGCAAUAAAUUUAAUUGACUCCUCUCAAACCAUGAAUAUUUGCAAAGAGAUAGAAGCUCAUUUUGGGAAGAAAAUUCAAUUGCUAGAUAUUGAAGAUGCAGAAGAAAUUGAAAAAAUUGGUGCUUGAGAAGCAUUUGUUUUGUUAUCAUAAUAUUAAGGAUUAUUAUGAUUGCUUGAAGCUUAAAUUUUAAGUACUACAUUGUUUAAGUAACAUACAUAUUUGAAUAAAUAAUUAAUUUUGUA